AUGUACCUGCUUCUUUGCCACCUGCUUCUAUCGGCGCACACUGGGAGGGAUCAUUACAAAACACGCUACAUACCCACUGUUACACUUGUUCGGCAAAGGUUGCUUCGAUAUUGUCGACGGUUCUUUUAUUCCUUUUACCUUUUUGAUAUGUCUUUAUGCUUUCAACGAUUUGUAAUGCUCGCAUCUCUGGCACAUACAUCGUUGGACGAGUGGUGUUGUUUUGGACAUUAUCAUCGUCCUGCAUUGUGUACCCCUACCUCUUUUCUCUCCCUCUGCAUACCCCAUACCCUCAUACCCUCUCCCCCUUCUUACACCUUCUACUUCCUCUACUUUCAUAAUGUAUAUUCUGAGGCAGUUGAACGGCUCGAACAAGGCCAUUUACAUAGUCUGGGGGGAGAGUGUUACUGUGUAGCACUGAUGCAAUGA